AUGUCCAUCUCAGAGAAAGAAGAAGACUGGACAAGAUGUCACGAGCAAGAAUGCAUAGCCCUGAAGAGAAUACGUCCCGACGAAGUACCUGGAGAAUCAGCUCAGGUUCUGUCUCAAAUCAUCCGGAAGCAAGAAGAGUCUGCUCCGUGCACUCAGGAUGGUGGGGAUUGUUUCCCAACCACCGUAGAUCAGUUGGAAUCCCAUCAUGAGAAGCUGAGCAGCAAUUCGACAAAGGAAAAGUUUAAGCUCCUUUUGAAGCAUUUCAUUGAUGAGGGUGUCUUAGCUGAUAUCGAGCUAACCAGCCUGAUUAAGAUGAAUGGGGCAAUACGCUGCAACACCUUCUCAGCAUUGGAUUAUGAUCUGAAUGAAGUUGCAACGUCUAUGGCGAACCAUUCCUGUGAUCCUAACUGUGCAGCGGUGUAUGAUGGGAGAAAACUCCAACUCAGGACCAUUAAAAAUGUCGAAAAAGGAGAUGAGGCAUUGGAUCCGAAUGAUGGUUUAGCUGAAAAGCUCCAAGGUCUAGAAAUAUUCGAGAAGCAAACGCAGGAUGCAAAGUCUACACAAUUGUUAGAGCUAUACAUGACCAACCUGAAGGUGAUGGACUCUUCCAGCUGUCUUCCAGCUCAUCAUCAUCUCGUGGUAGAGCACAGAUGUACGGCAUUUGAAGCAUGCAUUCACAAAAAAUCAUGGGAGAAAGCUGCCGAGAUUGGACUACUGAUCACAGAACCAUACAGAGUUUACUAUGGACCGUACCAUCCACAGUUGGGGAUUCACCUCCUGAAGAUGGGUAAAGUACAGCAUCAACUGAGGAAACUUCAGGAGGCCAGAAAGUAUCUCACAGAGGCAGAGAGUGUUUUGAAGGUAACGCAUGGCCCACAGCAUUCACUGAUGGCGUCAGUGAAGAAACUGCUCUUUAAGUGUAGGUAAACCCUUAUGCCUUUCACUGCAGAUAAAAUCAGUCACUGAUCUCAACAUGAAUACAAGAAUUUCUCUGCAGCAGUAGAUGACAAUGGA